AUGGGACCCUUGAGUCCACUGCAAGAGUUAUUCCCUGAGUCCAACAACAUAGAGAUAUCCGGCUUCCAAAAUGAAAGUGAGCACGACAGUGAUGAUACCAGAGGUCACCAAGAUGAUGCUGAGUCCAGCGCAGAUAGUGUUCUUACUGGAAUACUGAAAGCCAUAAUGGAGGAGCAACAAUGGCAUGAUGUGAAAGAUUAUCAAGUGGCUAGUCUAUCGGACCGCUUUUACAUAAGCGAUUUAUACGCUAGGCGGAAAGAAUGUAUCAUGGAUAAGAUGACAAAAGAUCUAUCAAAACAAAAAACCUAUACAAAUGAUAGCAAUGAAUUCAAGAAAUAUAACGAAAGGGUACGAAAAGAGUAUGAAUUACGAGAAAAAAUAGAGUAUCUACUCCGGCAACAGCAACAUGGAGACGUGAAGGUAUUAAGCGAGUCAUCUAUUUAUGAGCAGUAUUUUGCUGGAAGAGAUUUAAAAACCUUGAAGGGAGCAAGUUGUCAUGGCCCUAAAACAAGAAUUACCUCAGUUUUAAAGCACCUCCAUUUACGAAAGGAUGCUGGUACGGAGCAACGAUUAAUCUCCGAUGAAACAUCGUCAAAAGCUUCAACACACACUUACGUGAUAGAUAAUGCAAGCUACGGUCAAAUGGCUAUAGAUGAAGGUUCAUUCCCAAUUAAUAAAUUCGAGACAGAGUUGUUAUCUGCUUUGGAAGAGAAAACAGAUUCUUAUAGUAAUGAAGAAGAAGAAAAGCCUUCCUUCAUAGCUAAAUUGUGGAAGAUAGUGAAGGACCCCCAUAAUGAUGAGUAUCAUGUGCAAAGGAAGCUACGCGUAAGGCAUAUGCAGAUGAUAGGUGUCGGCGCAUGCCUCAGUGUUGGGAUUUUUUUAACUUCUGGAAAGGCAUUUUCAUCUGCUGGCCCUUUCGGAACGUUACUGGGAUUUGCAUUGACAGGUAGUGUAGUGCUUGCGACUUUACUCUCUUUCACAGAGCUUUCCACACUGAUUCCCGUGUCUUCUGGAUUUAGCGGGUUAGCAUCCAGGUUUGUGGAAGAUGCCUUUGGGUUCGCAUUAGGCUGGACAUACUGGUUUUCAUGCAUGAUUGCCCUGCCCGCCCAGGUUCUCUCAAGCACCUUUUAUCUCAGUUAUUAUCCGAAUUUAAAUAUGUCAAAGGGACGUACCGCUGGCUUUGUGAUAUUAUUCCUGAUGUUUGAUAUUCUUGUAAAUCUAGUUGAUGUUAGAGUCCUCGGUGAAGUUGUUUAUGUUGUUGGAAUACUUAAAAUAUUUAUAACACUUGGAAUAAUCAUAGCAAUGCUGAUCCUUAAUGCAGGACAUGGAGGUUCUUCGCAUGAUCAAGUAGGGUUUAGGUAUUGGGACUCAUCAAAGACAAGCGGAAAUUUAACGUACGGCAUGUUCCGCCCCACAUUUGACUUAUCGGAUACUGGUAAUGGUAGCACGCACGGAAUCAGCGGUUCUGGUGGCCGCUUUUUGGCAGUUAUGUCAGUGGUUCUGAUCUCGACCUUUGCUUACAGUGGAGCUGAGAUGCCUUUUCUCGCAAGUGGUGAAGCUAUAAACCCAAGGAAGACUAUUCCCUCGGCAAUUAAAAGGACAUUUUGCAUUGUGCUGAUAUUGUACAUUUUUGUACUACUGAGUGUUGGAAUCAAUUUUUACAGCGGAGACCCCCGGCUGCUAGCAUACUAUAGUGGGUCCACCAAGGAAAGGUCUCUUUCAGUGGCGAAUGGCGUUGGCACGAAUUGGCAAAUGAAUAAUCAUUGUCAAGCAGGGAUGUACUCUAAUCUCCAGAAUAACAAUUAUAGUUAUUCUAGUCCUUGGGUACUAGCGUUACAAAACUUUGGCCUCUGUACUUUCGCUUCAUUCUUCAACGGAAUAUUAAUAUUUUUCACAACGGCUGCUGGAAUAUCUUCGCUAUUUAGUAGCUCACGAACACUUUACUCUAUGGCAGUCCAGAGGAAAGCGCCAUCCAUUUUUCAGAAAUGCAGCAAGAAUGGGAUACCCUAUGUCUCGGUUUUGUUCUCAGGAUUAUUUGGAGGCUUGGCAUAUUUAGCUGUUGAUAAAACAGCCAGGGAGAAUUUUGAUGUUUUAAGUAAUAUAUCCAGCGCUAGUACAUCAAUCAUAUGGAUGGGCUUAAAUCUCUCAUUCUUGAGAUUUUUCUAUGCAUUGAAGAAGAGAAAGGAUAUAAUAUCCAGGGAUGACAAGUCAUACCCCUAUAGAUCACCCCUUCAACCUUACCUUGCUGUAUAUGGGCUUGUUGGGUGUUCUCUUUUCAUCAUUUUUAUGGGAUAUACAAAUUUCAUUCAUACCUAUUGGAGCACAAAAUCUUUUUUCUCUGCAUACGGUGGCCUGAUGCUCUUCACUAUUUGCUAUAUAGGCUACAAGGUUUUUGGAACCUCCAAAAUUCAAAGAUUAGAUCAGUUAAACAUGGACAGCGGUAGAAGGGAAAUGGAUCGAAUGUUUUGGAAUGAGAGUCGGCAAUAUUCUGGUCCAUACCGUGAACGGCUCAAGAAAUUGGUCAAUUGGCUCUAUUAA